AGAAGAAGAAACCGGAAAAAAGAAAGUCAGCUGACCCGACUGUCUCGUCUUUCGCUGUCUGAGAGACUUUUUAAAAAAUAUUUCGGGGCAGUUUUUACACAGAUUUAAUUAGUUUGUUCGGUUCUGGGAGCUGAAAUGCUGCGACCGAAAGCUUUGACCCAAGUUCUGAGCCAAGCGAACACCAACGGAGUCCAGAGCACCCUCUUGUUGAACAAUGAGGGAUCUCUGCUGGCUUAUUCCGGUUAUGGAGACACAGACGCCAGAGUCACCGCCGCCAUUGCCAGCAACAUCUGGGCCGCCUACGACAAGAACGGCCACCAAGCGUUUAAUGAAGACCAGCUGAAGUUCAUCCUGAUGGACUGCAUGGAGGGGCGAGUGGCCAUCACCCGGGUGGCCAACCUGCUGCUGUGCAUGUACGCCAAGGAGACGGUGGGCUUUGGGAUGCUGAAGGCCAAGGCGGAGGCGCUGGUUCAGUAUCUGGAGGAACCUUUAACUCAGGUGGCGGCAUCGUAGCGGAUCCGCGGCUGAAGCUUCUGAAAACGGACCCCUGGAUCGGGAUCCUUAAUGAGCAUCGGAUGUUGGAGGUUUUACUGAAGGACUCUGUGCUUCUCCAGCUUCUCUCACUAACCUCAGUCCAUCCUGGGGAAGAUGUGAUUCUGUGAAAAUGUGUCUAAAUAAUAAAUGUUGUGAGAAUAUUUCCCUUUUUCAGAUGAAUU